CUAUGUCCAGUUUUAACAAUAUGAUAGUUGGAUGCAUGCAAAGGUCAGUUCAUGGAUGAUUCAAGUUCGAUCUAAUGAUUUACUAAAUGAUACUAUCAGGUAUGCAAAUGAUCAGUUCAUAAUUUAAUCAUAGAAUCAGGUUCAAGGAUGAAACUAGAUCAAGUUUUAUUUUAACUAGCAAACUAUGUGAUCAAAAUUCAGUAUGAUAUAAAAUCCAGAUUUUAUUCUACCUUAUGACAUAUAAAGACUAUGGCUUAUAAAACUUUAGAAAUAAUUUUCAGUCAAAGAUAUGCUUUUAAUAAAAUCAAACAAGCAUUUAUAAAAUCGAUUAUACAUUUAUAAAAUCAUAAAAGGUUUUUAAAACUUUGAUAGUUACAAAAUAAAUAUUAAUAGUCAAGGAUAUGCAAUGAAUGAUUUUAAUUUCGAUUUUAUUGAUGGGUUGACUGAUUUUAGGAGAUCUGGCCGAAAAUGGCACAGCAAGGGAUUGAUGGAAUUUUGUUUUGGCCAGAUUAUACACUUAUGUUUAUCACAUCUGGUAAAAUGGCCAAACAAAAGGAUUGAAUCAAAAAGGUUUAAGCUUUCUCUAAUAAUUUUAUGAUUCAUAAGUUUUUAUAAACAAGAUUCAUGUAGAUCUUUAGGUAUUUUGAUAAGUUUAUAAGUUUUUAGAGAAACAUAGAACCUUUAGAGAAUUUUAAGUUUUAUGGAUUCAAGAUACUUUUAGAAUCAAGUUUCAUAUGGAUCAUAUGGAUCAUAGAAACAAGAUCAAUAUUUUAAAUCCAUAGAUUGUUUAUAAGUUAUGGAUUCAUAUAGAUCCUAGAUUUGUUUCAGACAUAAUGGUGUUCUAUAGAUUUCAAGGUUUUGAUUUGUUUACCUUUUUCACCACAAGAAUCUGAGAGGACCACCGUGAGAGUUGGCCGGAAUUUGAGAGAGAGAGGAGUUUUCCGGCGGAGAGAGAGAGGUGGCCUGGUGGAGAGGAGGCUGAGCGCCGGUGGAGCAAAGGCUGAGCACCGGAGGAGCUGGCCGGAAAGAGGAUCGCCGGCUGAGAGAGAUUUCUCAGGUGGAGAGCACAAUCGUGCUGAUAACGUGUUAGAAAUAUGAGAGAAGUGUUGUUGUGAAAGUUGUGUCUUUCUCAUUAGCUCUCACUAUCAAUAUAUAGUGGAGGUUCCAAGGGUUUACAACAAAGGAGAGUAUCUACACAUUUAUUACAUAUUGACCACAAAUAUCUAGACUUGGUCAAAGCUCAUAAAUGCUCCGGUUGAAUGAGUCUUCAUCUUGACUAGUCUUGGACGGAUGAGACAAACCGGAGACGGGUGUAGACGGACCGGAUAGUCGGGUCAGAUGUAAACCUCCCUGAUGGUUAAUGGCAAUCCACAUAUCCAUAUCAUGGAUUUAUAACAAAGAAUAGAUAAUUCUUUUUUUUUAUGAUUGUUGUAACGACAAAUUAUAAUGGUAACUACAAAACCAAUUAAGCCCUAAAUUUAUCGAAUGGAUUUGGAAAUUAUUGUCAAAUAAUGGCAAACAAUUAUAAUUUUCACGGAAGUUGCAUGUUCACAUUCGUUUAAUAUCAAUAACUUUGCAGGCCUGGACAAAAUCAUUUUAAAUUGGGAAUAUAUUUUAGAGAAAGAUCACAAAAUUACGUUGUCCAAUGUACUAAGUGGGGUUGCACCUCUUCUUAUUCUUCUUUGUUUUUAGUAGUACAAUUUUUUCACAUCUAUAAUCUCUAUAUAAAUCUUAACUUGUGUAUAGUCAGUCUUUCAUAAACUACAAAAAAAAAAAAAAAAAAAUCCUUAGCAUUUGCACCCAAAAAACACCCAAAAAAACAAAGAUAUGGAUAACAAAAAUGAUUCAUCUAAAUCACUUACCGGACCACACUUUCUGUUCGUGACAUUUCCAGCACAAGGCCACAUCAACCCAUCUCUCGAACUCGCCAAGCGCCUCGCCGGAACAAUAGCCGGAGUUAGAGUCACCUUCGCAGCCACAGACUCCGCCUAUAACCGAUGUAUGCUCUCCAAAGAAAACGUCCCUGAAACAUUAGUCUUCGCCACGUACUCCGAAGCCCACAAAGAUGACAUCAAAUCAUCUACAUCCACCGACAGAUCCCGCGAAUAUAUGUCUGCUACGAGACGCCGUGGCAGAGAAACCCUAACCGAACUAAUCGAAGAUAACCGGCGUCAAAACCGGCCUUUUACCUGCGUGGUUUACACCAUCUUCCUCCCUUGGGUCGCUGAGCUGGCUCGUGAGUUUCACAUCCCUUCUGCCAUUCUCUGGGUCCAGCCCGUAACUGUCUUCUCAAUCUUCUACCACUACUUCAAUGGCUACGCAGAUGCAAUCUCAGAGAUGGCUAAUAAUGACCCUUCUGGUUCUAUUAAGCUACCCUCCCUGCCACAGUUCCGUCUCCGAGAUCUUCCCACAAUAAUAUUCCGUCCAGACGCAUAUUCAUUUCUUGUACCGGCGUAUCAAGAUCAGAUAGAUUCACUGAAGCAAGAGGAAAACCCUAUGAUCCUCGUGAAUAGUUUCCAAGAGCUUGAAGAAGAAGCUCUCAGCGCAGUACUUGAUAACUUCAUGAUUGUCCCCGUUGGUCCAUUGAUAACCACUAAGGCCGAUGACUCUGGGGUUGACGAUAAAUACAUCCAGUGGUUGGAUGCAAAAACGGAUUCGUCUGUAAUUUAUAUUUCCUUCGGGACGCUUGCCGUGUUGAGCAAGAAACAGCUUGCAGAGGUCUGCGAGGCAUUGAUAGAGAGUCGGAGGCCGUUUCUGUGGGUGAUUGCGGAAAAGUCGUUCAGAAGUAUAGAAGAUGAGGAAGAGAACGAAGGAGAGAGCAUAAGGAGUUUCAGAGAAGAGCUCGAUGAGAUAGGAAUGGUGGUUUCUUGGUGCAAUCAGUUUAGCGUUUUGAAGCAUAAAUCAAUAGGUUGUUUUGUGACGCAUUGCGGGUGGAACUCGACGCUGGAGAGCUUGGUCGCCGGAGUUCCCGUGGUUGCAUUUCCGCAGCGAAUUGAUCAGAUGACGAACGCCAAGCUUCUAGAAGAGGCUUGGAGGACAGGUGUGAGAGUGAUGGAAAAGAAGGAAGAUGAAGAAGUUGUGGUGGAGAGUGAGGAGAUACGGCGGUGCAUUGAGGAAGUGAUGGAGGAGAAGGCGGAGGAGUAUAGGAGAAACGCGGCGAGGUGGAGAGAUAUAGCGGACGAGGCGGUGAGAGAAGGAGGAUCUUCCUUUAAUCAUCUCAAAGCUUUUGUCGAUGAGCACAUGUGAGAUUCUAUCUUGAAGAAUUCAAUUCUGUGAUUUCCUUUUAGUUUCCAAAUUUAUUAUCGUCGGUUAUGUUUUAAACUAUUCGGUUUCUUCCUGGGAUGAAAUGUAUUUUUUGGGUAAAAUGUUAAGAUUGGGAUGAAAUGUUUACGCCAUAUGGUAUAAACUACUAUGGAUGUUUGAUUGUUGAUUUUAAAUAUGUUGAAACUUAAAUA